AGGUAGGAGCUGCGCGCAUCGAUCCGCUUCUUAUCGAUCGAUCGGUGCUUCGGGAGCAGUUUGUGCCUCGUUAGCGGCUGAUUCCGGGUUUCCUGACGUCACGCUGCAGAGAUGCCACCGCUCCUCUUCGUCCUCGUCCUCCUCUUCCUCACGCCCGCCUCCACGCUGGACUUCCGGUACCAUAGCAACCAGGAGAUGGAGCAGUACCUGCUGCAGGUCAACGCCUCCAACCCCGACAUCGCUCACCUGUACAGCAUCGGCCAGUCCGUCUUAGGUCGGGAGCUGUGGGUGUUGGCUCUCGGCGUUCGUCCUCGCAGUCACACUGUCGGCAUCCCGGAGUUCAAAUAUGUGGCCAACAUGCAUGGAAACGAG